GGCUUGAACAGACGUUGCUGACUUUUAUUUCUAGUGUAAUAUUCGAUAACCGUUGUUCUUGAUUGUGUAAGAAAAUAAUUGUUUGGAAAAAUGGGAAGAAGUCAUUGCAGUAGCUUGUUAGUGCCAGGAACUUGUAGCGCAAGCAUGUCGUUGACUGGUUGACAGUGCAACUCUAUGACUAGGCUGAGCGCGUCUUUCGCACUAGCACUGCGCUACCACCAACAUGCGCUUAGCGGUCGUCUGAAACUCACCUAGUCAUUCCAAGCAAUCUCCAGCAGAUUUGUUUCGUUGUUGGUCGACUGCUUGAGUGGUCUGGUACGCUGUAGGUGAUGGCGACCGACCGUGUGAGUGGCCAUCACUUCCCAGCUCGUCGCCUGGGAGGUCGGCAGCAGGGUGCAACAGGAGAAUGGAUACAAGUGUACCGAGAGGAACAAGAUAGGCGCUUCCAAGCUACACUAGCUCCGACACGGACUAGUGAUGCCAGCUCUGGACAGUUGAGCAAUAGCUAUGUUGCGGGCACUCGACGGCCUCCCAACUCGCCUUUUGUUGGUACUGACAUGCAGUAUGUACUGGACGGCUACUGCCUGCUGCACCAUGGUCACGUGAUUGAUCCCAUUGAUCUAUGCAGUGUGGAUCUUAGCGGACAAGAGCUUGAACAGGUUGUGGAUGAAGAUCUGCAGCUGUUCACCAAUUUGAUGUGUAUCAAGGCAGGCGAUAACAGGUUUUCUUUCGACGCAUUUGUGCAGCUUCCAUCCUUGCUUGAUUUGAGCCUUCAAGCAAACUGUAUAUUGCGGCUAACUGUGGAGUCAGGAAUGUACUCAUCUCUCAAGGAGUUGGACUUGUCAAGCAACUCACUUGAGCCGGAGUGUCUGGAGGAACUUGGCUGUCUGCCAUCCUUGGUGAAGCUGGACGUAAGCGGCAAUGGCUUUAUUCACUUGCCACCUGCCAUGGUACAGCAUCAGAUGGAGGUACAUGGAUCUGGGAAGCGCAUUGGAAAAGUCAUUGUGAAGAAACCACGCUUUGCCAAACUUCAAGAGCUCCGCUUGUCCAACAACGAGCUGGAAGACCCGUUCAGUAUAGCUGUGCUGGCCAGUCUGCAACGGCUAGAGCGGGUCUAUCUGGACGGUAACCGCUUUCGAGCCAUCCCAGUGCUGAAGCUCCGUGAUCCGUAUGCGGCAUUCGACAGCCCUAGGCAAGGGCCACGCCUGUCCUCCAUUGACACGUAUGCACGUGAGUCGACUGGCUUGUCGUCCAGCCUAUUCUCACCGGAUGAUGCCCUGCCGGAAACGCUGUACAGACCUGCUGAACCUGAUGAGGAGGUGGAUAUGCUGGAAAGACUGACAUCAUCCAAACCAGAUGCCGGAUCAGUGGCCGUUGUGAGUGACAGUCUGGUGGCUGGUGGAAACUAUAAUGAGCCAUCUGCAACACCGGGCAAAGAUGCUUCUGAUCACGGAGCUCAUGCAGGGGAGAGUAGCAGGAGGAUGCCUGUGCCACACGGUUCAAGUGAGGCUGUGCCUGUUGACCAGCCAGUACACAGAUCUCAUGCUGCUGGUGAUGCAGUGUCAAGCCACACUUCACAAGACAACUCACCACCGCUUGUAGAAGAAGGCAUCACUACGACCGACCGCAGCCAAUCGUCCAACUCCACGAAACGUGUCACCGUCACUGCUACUGGUGAAAAAGAACACUUGAAAACUGGCGCCGGGGUAGUCGUAGUAUCUGGUGCUGCUCCUGGAAAUACUAGUGGUUGUCAAAUCGAUGCCAAUGUACGGUCAUCCCAGUCACCAUCUGCAGAUGCAACACUGGAGCAGGUUGCGGACACUAUUAGUAUCAUAGAUCAGCCAGCAGGCGCUAUGCAGACUGCACCAUUGGAAGAUGUGAACACUGAUGCGACUGAACCACCUAAAUUGCCACUUAACGAACCAGAGAUGUUGCAUGAUGGAAGCACCAACAGUGCACCUGCACUUGAAGACACGUCACCUGCACUUGAAGACACGUCACUUGAAGACACGUCACCUGAAACUCCUCCACAAACUAAUGAGUCACAUGAAGGCCAGGGGAAGAUAGUGGGCAGCAAUAGCAAAGACACGUUGAAAGAUGGGCAAUCAAGCACUAGCCAUGCACUAACGGCUUCAGAUGAGCGAGACACAACCCCUGCCGUACCCAGAGUAAGCAUAUCAGAGGUUGACACAAUGAGUGCAGGCGGUUCUCCGAGUCUACUUUCACAUCCUGGCACGACGCGGUCGGAUACAGCUACCAUGGAUACAGCUACCAUGACAAUAACAAGUGCUAUGUCAGAUGAUGUAGGCCAUGCAGCAUUGGCUGUAGCUGCACCGGUGAGGAUCCUCCCGUUCCCAUGCCUUGAGUUUCUGGACUUCUCUCGCAAUAAGGUUAGCUUUCAAGAACUGCUUCUACCAGCUGCUCAAAUGUCAUCUCUGAAGCAUAUCAAUGUAGCUGGGAAUCCGUUUGUUCGCAAAAGUAGAGCUGCUUCCGGACUGCUGUUCAAUGUUCUUUCAACGGGAUGUGGUAUCAUCAUCCAGAGGAACCCUGAAGGCGUUUCUGUGACAAGGACAGUGCCCAGCUCUCAGCAGAUGGCCGUGAAGAUGUCUCUGGAUAAUUUCAUUGAGGUUGAUGGCAGGGAUCGUCUUCCUGCUAUACCACGUCAGCCAGUUGAAGAGCGUAUUUCCUCUGAAAGAGCCAUGAUGUUGGAGUAUCACCAGUCACCACCACUACCAUUACUUGAAGAGACUGAAUCACCGUCAAUAUCGCCCAGCCAGUCUAUCAUCCCACAGCUGCCAUCUCGCCCUCACACCUACCCUGGCCAGAAUUGGAAGCAGAAAAAGCAGGCAACUGACUCCCAGUCUCCAGAGCUGCCCAUCCAGUUCCAGCGUGGCAAAACGGGCACUGCGGCCGAUGAGCUGCCUCGACGCCCCAACACCACUGCACCGACAAAGAACAUGUUUGCUAACGAGGAACCUCAGCGCGAUAUCAAGUCUUGUAUGACAGCGGCAACGACGGACACCAUGUUUCCAGGCAAGUCUAUUUCACGUGCGCAUCCAGCAAUGCGCCGUCACUACCUGAGCGUGACGGAGCGGGAUGCCAAGGACAUGUCGAAUGUCUUCCUCACCCAGGUAGUGGAGGAUGAUAACAGCCUGGGUAUGUACUCAGCGGAUAACUACACACUUACUGAAGAAGCAAGGACGCCAGGCCGUGUCAGCCUAGGAUCCAUGGCUGAAGAGGUAGCAGCCAGGGAUCCUGGAACGAUGGCUGUCAUACCAUGGGACACAGCUAGCGACAUUCAGCACCGCCGCACCAAUGUCUCUGAACCACUGCAGCGACGUGCUAUGAAGAAGUCGCCCAGGAAGACAGUCAAUCACCGCAAGCAUACACGGCCGAGAUCCUCCCAGCCGAGGCAGAAGCCGCCAAUGUCUAUCAGUGAGGAUGCUUAUGAAUUGCUCGCCAAUGCUGAGGACGAUCCGAAUUUAGUGAUUCCGACAAUGCAAGGUAGCUGUGCCAGGAUGCUCAAGUCACUUCUCGAUCGCAGUAUGCCAGCGGAGAGGAUCAUUCAUGCUAAUAAGCUGGCACAGCCAAAGCAUGCAAACAAGCUUGGCUUGCCAGAGCAGAGGCAGGUUGCGCAACAGCCUGGAGAGAUCAUGACUGGAAUAUUAGACUCCAUCCGAGACAGACCAACAGUGUCAGAGAAGCCCUUAGCUGCUGCUGUGAAGGAAGGUGGAACAAUGAGCAAGGAAGGACAGAGACUCUUCAAACGGAUUGAGAAACAAUUCCAGCGCAUCCGUGAAGAAUCCGAGCAAAUGGUCGCGGACAUGUCCAAACAGCGUGAUGAUGAGAUGCACCAAAGGACUGGACGGAAACACCCGAAAAACCCUGGUUUGCCACAGAGCUCUCACAGGCCACACCCUGGUAUGUCACAGAGCUCUCACAGGCCACACCCUGGUAUGUCACAGAGCUCUCACAGGCCACAACAGCCUGCUGUAGUAGUCAAACAGGCUCUCAGCAAAGGAAAUCCAACGACAAAAUCAGAUAGUCCCAUGAAGUUGCCGCCUGUGAUAUCAGCCAGGAGCAGAGUGACAGGAAAGCUGCGCUAAGAGCUACAAGUGGCAAAGAACUGCUGUUGCACUUGAUCAUCUGCUGUACAGCAGCGACUGAGAUUGAAGACAGUAGUAAGUUGACAGUUGACACUUUGUUGGUUUUGAUGGUUUACCUACGUGGAAAACGGU